AUGUUUGAUCCGAUGUAUCAAUCAAUGAACUAGAUACUAGAAGAGAGUGGAAACAUUUUAUGGUUGGGAGAUUGCACAGCUGCUUAUGAUAGAAGUUUAUUAGAUGGUAAGGGAAUAAAGACUGUUUUGACAGUGGCUUCAGGAUUGAAUGUUUCAUAUUCUGAAGGAGGAAUGGUCCAUAAAGUAAAUUAAAAAAUGAAUUUUACAAGGUAUAUCAUAUUUUGGAUAUUGAAUCAUCAAAUAUAGCUAGAUUAUUUCCUGAAACAAGUUAAUAAAUAGCAGAAGGUUUAAAAAGAGGGGGAGUUUUAGUACAUUGUGCUGCGGGAGUUUCACGAUCAGCAUCAGUUGUGAUAGCAUUUAUAAUGAAAACUAGAGGAUGGUUAUUUUAAGAGGCAUUUGAGUUUGUAAGAAAGAGGAGAAGUGUUGUGUUUCCAAAUUAUGGAUUUUAAAGAUAAUUGAGAAAUUAUGAAAAAGAUUUAAAGUAAAGUAAAAUCUAAGUGAAUUUGGAUACACCAAUUAAGCAAACUUAAAAGUUCUAAUAGGAAGUCUAGAAAGAGAAAGUGGAGUAGUUAGAAUAGAAAGUUAAAACAAUGUGUAACAAAACAAAUUUUUUGACUCCUUAGAAGCAACAUCAAAAAUUGAGAUAGCCUUUUCAAUCUGCAAAAGUGAACUAUGCAAAACAAUAUCAAGUGAUCUAAAACUCAACAAGAGCGAGUUCAUCAGUAAAAAGCAACCUGGUUGAUCCAUAAUUCAAUUUUACUAAUCAGGGUCCUAUGAUCAUAUCAUAUUAACAAUAGAGAAAAAAAGGAGUAGAAAAGAUGCCAGAGAUAAAUAAGAAGAAUUUAUACAAGUGA